UUCUCUACUUUGGAGGCUCCUAACUUUUCCUUUUGUCGCUAAAGAUGAGAAAGAAGUGGAUAUUGGAAGAUUUCAAUUUUAUCUUUUUUGGUGUGCUCUGUCUCCUUUUCAUAGAUGGAGGUAAACUAGAACAAGUAAAACAUUCAGAUACAUACUGUGUGUUUCAAGAUAAGAAGUAUCGUGUAGGAGAAAGAUGGCAUCCUUAUCUAGAACCUUAUGGCCUUGUGUACUGUGUUAACUGUCUCUGCUCAGAGAAUGGAAAUGUACUGUGCAGCAGGAUAAGAUGCCCAAGUCUACACUGUCCUUCCCCUGUGCAUGUACCACAGCUCUGCUGCCCACGAUGCCCAGAGGACUCCCUGUUCUCAGUAAGCAGUAAAAUCACUGGGAAAUCCUGUGAAUACAACGGCACCACCUACCACCAUGGUGAAAUGUUUGUGGCAGAAGGGCUUUUCCAAAACAGGCAAGCAAACCAGUGUGCCCAGUGCAGCUGCUCAGAAGGAAAUGUGUACUGUGGGCUGAAGACGUGUCCCAAAUUAACCUGCUCUUUCCCAGUGUCUGUUCCAGAGUCCUGCUGUCCAGUUUGCAGAGGAGAUGGAGAAUUGUCAUGGGAACAUUCUGAUGGAGAUAUCUUCCGGCAGCCAGCCAACAGAGAGGCUAGACACUCAUACCAUCGCUCCCAUUAUGACCUGUCACCCAGCUCUGCAAGGCAGGUAGUCAACAUUCCACGAUUUCCCAGUUCCAGGAGUAACCGUGGAGUCCUACCAGAUCCCCAGCAAGCUUCAGGAACAAUAGUACAAAUUGUCAUCAACAACAAGCACAAGCAUGGACGAGUUUGUGUUUCAAAUGGCAAAACGUAUUCACAUGGUGAAUCUUGGCAUCCUAAUCUCCGGGCCUUUGGGAUUGUAGAGUGUGUGUUGUGCACCUGCAACAUCACCAAACAAGAAUGUAAGAAAAUUCAUUGUCCAGAACAAUAUCCCUGCAAAUACCCUCAGAAAGUAGAAGGAAAAUGCUGUAAAGUCUGCCCAGAAGAAGUGCCAAGUCAAACCUUUGACAACAAGGAUUACUUCUGUGGGAAAGAGACAUUUCCUGUCUAUGAAUCCAUUUUCACAAAGGAAGGAGAAACCAUCAGAAAAUUUGCAGUAGAGACUGAAAAGCCACCUCAAAUAGAAAUACAUGUGUGGACAAUUAGAAAAGGGAUUCUGCAUCACUACUAUGUUGAAAAAAUGUCCAAGAGAGAAUUUGAAGAACUUCCUUACUUCAAGCAGAUAACAAGGACAACCCCCAGCCAGUGGAAAAUAUUUAGCGAGGGAGAAGCUCAGAUCAGCCAAAUGUGUGAAAGCAGAGUGUGCAGGACUGAGCUUGAGGAUUUGGUAAAGGUUUUGUACCUCGAAAAGUCUGAAAAGGGUCACUGUUAAGGGAGGCAGCACUGGAGGGAGAAACACAAGAAAACUUAUGAAAACUUGGAUCUGCAGCUGGACUGCAGGCUUAUUUUGCUUAAGUCAGCAGUUGCCCUAAAACCCAAAACUAUAAUGCAGUAAUUAUUCACAUCAUGCACAGCAAAUUUGCUGCUUUAUAUGUAGUGGUCUGUGUCAACCAUUAAAGUAUCUCCUCCAAAAGACUAGGAGGCUCUGUAUUACUGGUGGGGGAAGGAGAAAGAAAGACUGAACUUUCACAGAGUUGCAUUGCUUUACAAGUUAAAAAGAGAGAACAGAACAUUUUUGUUAUU